AUGGUGGCGGCACGGGCGGCGGCGUGGCUGCUCCUGGCUGCGGCGGCCUGCGCGCCGCGGGAGCAGGACUUCUACGACUUCAAGGCCGUCAACAUCCGGGGCAAGUUGGUGUCGCUGGAGAAGUACCGAGGCUCGGUGUCCCUGGUGGUGAAUGUGGCUAGCGAGUGCGGCUUCACAGACCAGCACUAUCGGGCCCUGCAGCAGCUACAGCGGGACCUGGGGCCGCACCACUUCAAUGUGCUUGCCUUCCCCUGCAACCAGUUUGGCCAGCAGGAGCCCGACAGCAACAAGGACAUCGAGAGUUUUGCCCGCCGCACGUACAGUGUCUCUUUCCCCAUGUUUAGCAAGAUUGCCGUCACCGGCACUGGUGCCCACCCUGCCUUCAAGUACCUGACUGAGACUUCUGGGAAGGAGCCUACCUGGAACUUCUGGAAGUACCUGGUGGCCCCAGAUGGAAAGGUGGUAGGAGCUUGGGACCCAACCGUGUCGGUGGAGGAAAUCAGGCCCCAGGUUACAGCGCUUGUGAGGAAGCUCAUCCUGAAGAAGCGAGAAGACUUAUAAGCACUUUCCCUCCUCUCCCCCAACCCCUCCCCGGACCGUGCAUGAGUGACCAAAGCAAAAUGAAAUGGUGCUACAAAGGGAGAGACCACUGACUCUCCUCCACUCUCAUCCCCCCUACCCCAUCACUCCUAUUGGGGGAAAAUUCUAGUAGCUUGAUUAUUUGAAUCUUAGAGCAACCUCUAGGAACUCCUGACCAGUGAGAGUUCUUGACCAAUGACUCACCAGCCGAUAGGAACCUCUAGCCCAUGAAAAUGUGUGGCAAAUAGAAGCAUUUCAAGCAAUAAUCUCCUACCUAUAAAGCAGGACCAAUUCCUACCUCACAGGGCUGUUGUGAGGAUGAGGAUGAAAAGCCUAUGAAAGUGCCAAGGGCAGUGCCAGCUAACCAGGAGGCAUUCAAUAAGUGGUUUUUGCAUAUGCACCAAAAAAUAAGUUGUGAUCAAUAAAAACUUGAACUCAACAUGAAUUUAUAGCCAUGAGAAUCCAGGCCAAACAUUUGUAGCUGUUAACUGUUUUCCUAUGUAUUUUUUUUAAUUACAAAAGUAACACAAUUCAUUGUAAAAUAAUACAAGAUGAUAC